UUCCGGGGCGUGGCAUAAACAACGCGGGACCUGUUACUUUUGUUUUGAGUGGAAAGUGUUUACUAUAGAGUUACACCCGGCUCAAUUGAUCCCUUUUAUUUAUUGUGGAAUUUUAUUUUUUUUACAGUCUAUGGGUAAUCCUGAUGUGUUCCCGCUACAAGUUGCCCCCCCCACACAUAAUUUACUUAGUUCGCAUGCUUACGUUAGUUUGAAGUUGAGUUAACGGUUUUCUUUGUUUAAAAAAUCACAACGGUUCGAAACGUUAGCCAAACGGAAUUCGUGUGACAUGGAAUUAUUUCAGAAAGUGGAAAAGAUUGGAGAAGGGACGUACGGGGUGGUGUACAAGGCAAAGAACAAAGUCACGGGAGAGACUGUUGCCCUCAAGAAAAUCAGACUAGACACGGAAACAGAGGGAGUACCAAGCACUGCCAUCAGAGAGAUAUCGCUCCUCAAAGAGCUCAGCCACCCAAAUAUUGUCAAGCUCUGUGAUGUCAUCCACACAGAGAACAAACUGUACCUGGUUUUUGAGUUCCUUCAUCAGGACCUUAAGAAGUUCAUGGACUCCUCGGUCUCUGGUAUCUCUCUGCCACUUGUCAAGAGUUACCUGUUCCAGCUGCUGCAGGGCCUGGCCUUCUGUCACUCCCACAGGGUUCUCCAUCGGGACCUGAAGCCCCAGAACCUUCUCAUUAACGCCCAGGGGGAGAUCAAGCUGGCUGACUUCGGCCUGGCUAGGGCCUUUGGGGUGCCUGUCCGCACCUACACUCAUGAGGUGGUAACUCUAUGGUACCGAGCUCCAGAAAUUCUUUUGGGCUGCAAAUACUACUCCACAGCGGUUGACAUCUGGAGUUUGGGCUGUAUCUUUGCUGAAAUGAUAACCAGGAGGGCCUUGUUUCCAGGCGACUCAGAGAUCGAUCAGCUGUUCCGGAUCUUCCGUACCCUGGGCACACCGGACGAGGUGGCUUGGCCAGGGGUCACUUCCAUGCCUGACUACAAGCCCUCCUUCCCCAAGUGGGCCCGACAGGAGCUGUCCAAAGUGGUUCCCCCACUGGACGAGGACGGGAGAGAGCUGCUCAGGGCUCGGGAGGUGACGGUUGAGUCAUGCGUCCUCCGAAACAUGAACUGCCAGACCUUGCUUCUUAACACCCACCCGCUUAACCCGGAACCCAGCCACACCAAUGUGUUGGAGGAAACAGUGUUCAAUUGACGACCGUGGCCAGCCUGCAGCAAAUGCUGAGCUAUGACCCAAACAAGAGGAUAUCUGCCAAAAAUGCCCUCGUCCAUCGUUUUUUCCGUGAUGUCACCAUGCCAAUGCCACACCUACGACUGUGACAUGCAGACUGACAGGAACAAUACAUAGCCCAGGGUCUUUCCAUGAGAGAACCCUGAGCAGGAGGACUGCCCCAGCUCUUAUCCACACCUGAAUACUACAGUCCAGGAGAUGGGAGAGAUCACAGUGAAAUAUGGAUGCCUUUCCAAAAAUCAUUCUAGCAGCCAAAAACCAGCAUUUGUAUAAAUUGGAUGUCCUGUGAGUUUUUUCUCUACAGCUAUGAGUGCCUGUUAUGUCAUAGAGAAUGAACUCUACAGUUGUUUCAGCAUUUUAUGUGUAUUGAAAGGGUUAACUUGGUUUGUGUACAUUUUAGUCAUUUAGCAGAUGCAAGCUCUUUAUUUGUUCAUUGCAUAAUUUAUGAUAAAAAGUUGAUUAAAUUAGUUUGAGCUUUA